UCUUCCGUCAUGGCUUCCAUGGGAAUUCAGUUGUUAGCCAGCAUCCUGUGCCUCCUGGGUUGGGGAGGGGUCAUCUUCUGCUGCCUACUACCCAUGUGGAAGGUGACCGCCUUCGUAGGCAGCACUAUCAUGACCUCACAGAUAAUCUGGGAGGGUAUCUGGAUGACCUGCGUAGUUCAAAGUACGGGACAGGUGCAGUGUAAAUCGUACGAGUCCAUGCUUGCACUCACCUCUGACCUGCAGGCUGCCAGAGCGCUCAUGGUCCUCUCCAUCGCUACAGGAGGCCUGGGCCUCAUCCUGGCCUUUAUCGGUGGAAAGUGCACUCGGUUCUUAGAUGAAGAAGGAAAUGGAGCAAAGGGCAAAGUGGCUAUAUUAGCAGGGGCAGUGCUGAUAAUCACAGGGCUGCUCUGUUUGAUUCCCACUUCGUGGACAGCUGGGAUGGUGGUGAAAGUGUUCUACGGCGCCUCCAUUGAUGCUCAGCGUAGGGAGCUUGGAGCCUGUCUCUACAUUGGCUGGUUGGCAUCCAUAUUGCUUGUUUUGGGAGGUGGUUUGUUCUUGAAAACAUCAUGCCUGCUCGAAGCUCACGACACUGACAAAAGCCCCUCCGUUCGCUACCUGGCAGUCCGUUCCUCCAAAGGGUCAACGAAACCAGGUUCCUAUCACAGCAGGAUGCCGUCUGUGGUGGCUCAGCCCAUGAGAGUCUUGUCCCCGAGGCCUCAAAGCUUUGAGGGAGAUACCAUAAAGCCUCAGCUGUUUACCAGUCCUUCAUCUGAGCAGAACUCGAGAGAGGAUUCUGAAAAAUCGUGGGCUCCAUCAAUAAAGUCUCAGCUGAAAAGACCGGAACCGGAGUCGGGAUUGUCCGCACAGAGCGAGGCACUGUCAACAAAGUCUCAGCUGAAGCGAUCAGAGAUAGAAGAGACUUUAUCAGCUGCCAGCAAUGAAAAGGAAGAUGCAUCUUCAAAUCCACAAAAAACAUACCUGUGAUAUGAGCCACAACAGAAGGAAUACUUGAAUGUACUAGGUUUGUGUACACAAUUCAGUUUGCUGUUCAGUUAAUAGUUUUUAGGAUUCUUUUAAGAUAAGACUUCAGUCUGU